AUGACCCAGCAGCCGCCGCCGCCGCCGGAGCAACGUACCAAGAGGUCGGGCUCGCGGGGCUCGGCAUCGGCACUCCAACGCCGGUCAAGCGCGCAGUCUCCGGCAUCUCUGUCGCCACAGUCAGCCGUCGGAUCACUCGGGGGCCAGCAGAGCGCGUCUAGCUCCGUCGGAGGAGGCCAGACGUCUCCUUCGUCGCAGUCGGAUCCGUUUCCCUACUUCUCUAGAUUCCUGACCGAUCUGAACAAGACGGAGAGGGCCAGCGGCUGGAUCUCUGAUCUCGAGCUUAUGCACCAUUAUACAUCUGUGUCAUACCGAACCUUUUCACAAUCUUCCUUGGCCCAGAAGACGCUCCAGUACGACGUACCCAGGGAGGCUCUCUCCUAUCCCUUCCUCCUUCACCAGAUCCUCGCCUUCUCGGCCUACCAUCUGGCCUACCUCCAGCCCGACUGCCGCCAUGCCUACCUGAUGCAAGCUGCUCAGCAUCAGAAUGACGCAAUCAACGGCAUGAGAGGCGCUCUCCUGGGCACAAUCUCGUCCACAAACUGCCACGCCCUCUUCGCUUCGUCCAUCUUCCUCACCCUGAGCGCCUUCGCCACCUACCCGAGCUACGAGAAAUACAACUCUUCCUUCUCCCCGAUUGAUAGUAUGCUCGACAUCUUUACCCUCACCGACGGCAUGAGCAUGAUCCUUCGUGCGUCCGACGAGGAUCUGCGCAAAGGCCCAUUGCGCGAAAUCUUCAUCCGCGGGUCCGGCGAUACCACGCCGUCCACCGUGGAGGCGACGCUGCAGCCGCUCUUUGAACGGCUCCCACGCCUGAGCUCCCAGCUCGCCGAGAUCGGUGUCGUCGAGCACGAGGGGAAAUAUGCCAUCACCAACGCGGUGAUCGCCUUGAGCGAGUGCAUCGCCAAGGUCUCUACGUUCAACGCCUUGUCGGCGCCCGUGGAGUUCCGUGCGGUGUUCUUGUGGCCCAUCCUCAUGACUAGUGACUACCUGGACAUGCUGCGCCGGCGCCACCCGGCGGCCUUGGUGGUGCUGGCGCACUUCUGCGUCAUUGUCCACAUGGCAGAGCCGUUUUGCUGGUUCCUAAACGGAUGGGCCCGGUCUUUGAUUUCGCUCAUCUCGCAGCACUUGAUCGGAACUCCAUGGGCAGGUCUGCUGGCUUGGCCCAUGGAGAUUAUAGGAGUUGGCGGCGACGACGUACAACUAGACCCCAUGGCGCGCGCCAGGCCCGUCGUUCUCUAG